CCCAACCCAAGAUCACGGCCAAAUGUAAGAGCCGUUUCAUCAUUCCCUCGUUCUCUUCGUCUCCCCAUUUCCAUAUAUUUUAGGAUCUAGGGUUUCGUCUUCUUCAAGGUCAUUCACCUCAGCUUAGAGUGAAGAUGGACGAUGUGAUCGAAAAGGAGUCGGAGCAGACAAUAACGAUCAGUGAAUACCUUAAGAAUGUUGAACGACAGGAGCUGGAAGUGGACUUGUUUUUUGGAGGGGACGACGGCAAGGAGUGCACUUACAAUAAAGGUUACAUGAAGAGGCAGACUAUUUACUCGUGUUUGACUUGUACCCCAGACGGGAAUGCUGGGGUUUGCUUAGCAUGUAGCAUAGCUUGCCAUGAUGGACAUGAGGUCGUUGGGUUAUGGACUAGGAGAAACUUCAAGUGUGAUUGUGGAAAUUCAAAAUUUGGGGUGUUCUUCUGCAAGCUUGUUGCAAAUAAAGAUCCUGAAAAUACGGGAAAUUCAUACAACCAUAAUUUCAAAGGUUACUUCUGCACAUGUGGUUGCCCUCCCCCAGAUCAAGAUGCUGAAGAACAGGUGGAGAUGAUACAGUGCUGCAUCUGUGAGGACUGGUUUCAUGAGAACCAUUUGGGUCUUGAAUCUCCUGAUGAGAUACGAAGAGAUGACAAAGAUGAACCAUCAUAUGAAGAUUUCAUCUGUCAAGCAUGUGGUGUUAUCUGUUCUUUCUUGACCCUCUACCCUCAAACCAUUUGGAGACCACUGAGGCCAAGUGAUGCUCGACAAUGUACUAGCAAAGAAAGUAAUGUAUUGGGAGAUGCACCAUCAGCUAGUUCUUCCUGUGCAAGAGUUGACAGUAGCAUUUAUUCUUCCAAGCCAUCAAAAAGUGACCCUUCACUUAUCAAUACUGACAUUGGAAAAACAUCGGGUGAAAAAGAUGGAUCGCGCAGAGAGCUGUCUGGAAAAAAUUUAGGAGGUAAUGCCUCAGUCCAUGCACCUUCAAUUUGUUCCUCUGGGAAGCUGGAAAAUGACAGCUCUUCUAAUUGUCGGAGAAAGGACUCUUCUUGUGAAUUGGACAAGGAGGCAAGUAAUGAGGGUGAAUUGCUUGCUGAAAUGCCUAUGAAAACUACGGAUUUAAACAAGUACUCACAGAAUCCUGGUGUAAGUUCCAAAUGUGUGCUUGGAGUGGCUCUGCUGGUAGCUCCACUUGUCUUAGAGAAAGAGAAGCCAAUGUUCCUCCCCAACAACUGGAGAGAUCUUCUCUGCAGGUGUGAUAGUUGUAUAGAAUUCUAUACCCACAAGGGUAUUGCCUUUCUGAUUGACAGUGAGGACUCAAUGAUACAUUAUGAGCAAAUAGCAAAGCAGAAGAGAGAGGAGAAGUUGCAGCAGCAACGGGAAGGAGCGGAUGAAAAAUUUCUGAACGGAUUAGGUCAUGUGCAAAAAAUGGAGAUCCUAGAUGGGCUUGCAGAUUUUAAAAAUGAGUUAGAAAACUUCCUGGUGUCUUCUGAUCCAUCGAAACCGAUUACAACUACUGAUGUCCACCAGUUCUUUGAAAAAAUUUCAAAGAAGCGCCGGCGUGCUGACAAGUUUUAUGCUGGAGAUUUUAUUCAGGAGUAUCUGCUUUUCUUUUCUAUUCUUUUUCCGAUACGAAGAGAUGACAAAGAUGAACCAUCAUAUGAAGAUUUCAUCUGUCAAGCAUGUGGUGUUAUCUGUUCUUUCUUGACCCUCUACCCUCAAACCAUUUGGGCACCACUGAGGCCAAGUGAUGCUCGACAAUGUACUAGCAAAGAAAGUAAUGAAUUGGGAGAUGCACCAUCAGCUAGUUCUUCCUGUGCAAGAGUUGACAGUAGCAUUUAUUCUUCCAAGCCAUCAAAAAGUGACCCUUCACUUAUCAAUACUGACAUUGGAAAAAAAUCAGGUGAAAAAGAUGGAUCUCUCAGAGAGCUGUCUGGAAAAAAUUUAGGAGGUAAUGCCUCAGUCCAUGCACCUUCAAUUUGUUCCUCUGGGAAGCUGGAAAAUGACAGCUCUUCUAAUUGUCGGAGAAAGGACUCUUCUUGUGAAUUGGACAAGGAGGCAAGUAAUGAGGGUGAAUUGCUUGCUGAAAUGCCUAUGAAAACUACGGAUUUAAACAAGUACUCACAGAAUCCUGGUGUAAGUUCCAAAUGUGUGCUUGGAGUGGAUCUGCUGGUAGCUCCACUUGUCUUAGAGAAAGAGAAGCCAAUGUUCCUCCCCAACAACUGGAGAGAUCUUCUAUGCAGGUGUGAUAGUUGUAUAGAAUUCUAUACCCACAAGGGUAUUGCCUUUCUGAUUGACAGUGAGGACUCAAUGAUACAUUAUGAGCAAAUAGCAAAGCAGAAGAGAGAGGAGAAGUUGCAGCAGCAGCGGGAAGGAGCGGAUGAAAAAUUUCUGAACGGAUUAGGUCAUGUGCAAAAAAUGAAGAUCCUAGAUGGGCUUGCAGAUUUUAAAAAUGAGUUAGAAAACUUCCUGGUGUCUUCUGAUCCAUCAAAACCGAUUACAACUACUGAUGUCCACCAGUUCUUUGAAAAAAUUUCAAAGAAGUGCCGGCGUAUACCUUAAGUUAUUUUCUCCAUCAUAUAUUGGACAUAUAUUAACUGUAAUCUGUUGUACAUGGUUUUGGAUUAGGCUUAGGGACAAUCUUGAAUGCAUGCAUAUUUGUAGAAAUGUUUUAGGGAAGAAUUUACUUGAGACUGCUCAACCUAUAUGAAGUAUUUAAUAUUUAUAAUUACAUGAUUAGUCAUUCAUCAUUCUAUGAUUCAUUGUUGUUUUAUGAUCCUACUCAAUCCACUCA